GAUUUGGGAAUGGAGUCAACCUCUCUGGAUGAUGUCCUCUAUCGAUACGCCAGCUUUCGAAACCUGGUGGAUCCCAUCACUCAUGACUUGAUCAUCAGCCUUGCUAGAUACAUCCACUGCCCCAAACCGGAGGGGGACUCCCUGGGGGCCAUGGAGAAGCUUUGCCGGCAGCUCACCUACCACCUCAGCCCGCACUCGCAGUGGAGACGCCAGGGCAUCAUGAAGAGGAAGCCGCAGUCCUGCUUGAAAGCUGUCCUGAUGGGGAAGCCUCCGGACAACACAGUGGACUUGUCGGGCAUCCCGCUGACGCUGAAAGACUUGGACCGCAUCACGUCCUACCUCCAGCACAGCGCGGAGCACAUCGACACGGUGGAGCUGUGCUUCACAGAGCUGACGGACGACAUGCUGCUGCAGCUGCUGCCGGCCCUCUGCGUGCUGCCCCACCUCACCACCCUCUCCCUCAACGGCAACCGGCUCACCAAAGCCAUCCUACGGGACCUCACCGAAACCCUCAAGGACCCUAAGAAAUUCCCCAGCAUCACUUGGAUCGACCUGGGCAACAACGUGGACAUCUUCUCCUUGCCGCAACCCUUCUUGGUCAGCCUAAAGAGACGAUGCCCGAAGCAAGGCAACUUGCCAACCAUUCUGGAGUUCGGUGAGGGUCAGGUAAGCGAUUUGGAGAGCCAGGAUGGGCCAGCUGAGAGCCAGGAGGACCUGCGGGUUGGACCAGGAGAGACUGAUGACAUAGGCGUGGAGCAGCCGGACAGAACAGUUGAGGCUGGGGAGGUCCCCACGCCGGAGCGAGGUGCUGCGACACCGCAGACAUGA